AUGUCUAAUGUCGAGAUAAGGUCGGCCAUUCAUAGCUUGACUCAAGUGUUGGAUACUCAAGUUGCUAGGGAUACAAUGGUGAAAGUGAACCUCAAUGCUAAUACCACCGCUUCAAGGAUUAGGGAUUUCACUAGGAUAAAUCCCCCUACUUUCUAUGGUUCUAACGCAGAGGAGGACGCACAAGGGUUCAUUGAUGAAGUGUUCAAAGUUCUUGAUGCUAUGGGUGUGUCUUCUAAAGAAAAGGCGGAACUAGUCGCCUACCAAUUCAAAGAUGUGGAUGAAGUGUGGCAGUUGAAGAAGGUGAGAACCGAAGAGGGGAAAUCUUCUAAGAAAAGGUUUGAGGUUCAAGACAAACCAAGGUUCAAAAGGAGGUUUUCUAACCAAGACCCUCCUAAUGCUCCAAGUAUCAACUAUAGUAAGGUGUCUACUCCCAAGCCCCAAGAGGGGAAAGGUGGUGAUUCUUAUGUUGAGAAGCCUCUUUGUUCAAAAUGUGGCAGAAAACAUGAUGGUAAGUGCCUAGUUGGCACGGGUAAUUGCUAUGGUUGUGGCAAGAGUGGUCACAUGAAGAGAUAUUGCAUUAUGAUGAAGAAUCAAGGAAGAGAAAAUGCUCAAGCUCAAGCAAGUGCCCCAAAUUCGGAUGCUUCUAAGAAGAAUCACUUUUAUGCUCUCCAAUCCUGA